AGCACUGUGUGUGUGUGUGUGUGUGUGUGGAAGUAGAAGAAGAAAAAAAGGCCGGGUUGAGCUUCACCUCUUUUCUUUUCUGUUAGGAACAAGACGCUAAAAACCCGAUACCGACAUGUCGAAAAGCACCAUGUCCGCCCGUUUCAGGAGAGUGGACGUGGACGAGUACGACGAGAACAAAUUUGUGGACGAGGAUGACGGAGGGGAAAACCAGCUGGGUCCCGACGAGGCAGAGGUGGACUCCCUCAUUAGACAAGGAAACCUCAUGGAGGCUUUACAUGCCGUUCUAAAGAAUCCACCAAUCAACACAAAGAACCAGAACGUCAAGGAGCGAGCAGAAGGUUUGGUGCUGAAGGUGCUCAGCGCCUUUAAGAGCAGUGACAUUGAGAAGGGGGUGCAGUCCCUGGAUAAGAACAGUGUGGACCUGCUGAUGAAAUACAUCUACAAAGGCUUUGAGAGGCCGUCAGAAAACAGCAGCGCGGUCCUGCUGCAGUGGCACGAAAAGGCUCUGGCAGCUGGAGGAGUGGGCAGCAUCGUCAGGGUCCUCACAGCGAGGAAAACGGUUUAAAAAGAGGAGCGGAGGAUCGGUUCACUCCACAUCACUGACUGAUACAGGAGGACUGCUUCUGCACUGAACUGUUCAUGUAAUCUAACAGACCGCAUAAGGACUGAAAGGAAAAGGUGUCUUUUUUUACCUGAUGUAAAAGAAAAAAAAAAUUCAUGCUGCGUCCAAGGCUACACUAAAAAAAAAAAAAAGAAUAUCAGAUCUGAGUUACAUUAGGUUAAAUAAAGCGGUUUCUUCUUUCGUCCUGUGCAUGAUCACAGCCUACUAAACCAUAGUCCUCACAGGGUGCUACAGACAACUCAUCACCUCAUGUGUCUGCCCCCCCCCCCCCCCCCACCUCCCUGUGCCACGUAUCCUCCUCACUCCUCAUGAAUGGUUCCCAACCAAAAGGAAUACAAUGAAACUAAAAAAAAAACCUGCCUGCUACACAAAUCUAACAGAUGGCAUAGGCACUAAAAAGGAAUAACAGAUUUUUGUCUACUAAAUUAAAGAUCAAGGCUUGACUGAAAAAAGGAAAAUCGAAGUAGGGUGACAAUAGGUUAAAAAAUCUAUCUAGAUCUUUAAAGUGAUCCAAGCAAUACAAGAACAAAUGGCACUAAAAACUAGAAGAGAAACACGCAGACUUAUCAGGGGAAACUACAAGUUGACCACCUUUCUUUUUUUUUUGUGGUCACGAGCCAUAAUAUGUUGUUGGCCGCUGCCAUACACUGAACCUUCACACUCAUCUGGGCAAACACAACAGACAUGACUCGCAGCAAUGUGUUCUCCCUACACACACACACACACACACACACACACACACACACACACACACACACACACACACACACACACACACAGAGGGUUUCAGCUUUGAUUCUGUCAGGAUAACUCUGUGUUUUUUUUCUCUGCAGAAGAGACUUCCUGAUGGAAUAAAAGCCAGACUGUCAGUAAAUCCUCUCUUGCUCUGACACUUUAGCAGUGGGAGUUUAAAAAAAAAAAAAAAAAGAGCACAGUCACAUUUGCUGGAUUUGCUCACGGGGGUCUUUGUGCACCCACAGGAGGCUGGGUAGAAGUGAGUAGGGGGUUGGUGAAAUCCAUCCAUCAGUUUCACGCCACAAGCUGACCCAGUUAAGGAUUAUAACUCAUGAUGCAUCUCCACCACCACUCAUAUUAAUCCCAUUUCACUGUUCCUCUCAUCCACUGUCGGUCUGACUCACUCUGGCACCCUCUGCUUCUGUGCAGGGCGUCAUGCGGCUCUGCUGGUAAAUACGAGCAACUUUUAUUUUCUGUACCUUCAGGAAAUUCACCCUGAGAAACUAUUGUUUUUUUUUUUAUUUUCAUUGUUUUGGCAUUUAACAGAAAAAUAAUCUAGGAUUAAGCGUUUGGUCUUAAUUUUGUUUUUGUUUUAUACUAAUGAUUUUUUUUUUGCGUCAGUGCAUAAUCCCUACGUAACUUAAAAUUUAAAAAAAGGGUAAGCAUGCUCUGUGUGCAGGGGGGAUAUUAUAAAAUAUUGAAUUUAGUGUCUCUGGAAAUGGAGAGGGACUUCUUUGUGAUGAAAAGAGAAAUAUUGUUUGCAUGAUUCCACUUUUGACAAUAUUUUCUUAAGCAUUUCAUGACCGUAUUUUUGUAUUUUGUGACUCUUCUGGAAGAAUCAAGUGAUUUUUUUUUUUUUAUCGAAUCUGAGUCAAAAUACGUUCUCAUUCCUUAAAAAAAAUCUUUUUGUUUUUGUUCUGCAAUUUUAAAGUCAUGCUGUUAUUCCCAGAAUGACUUUUUAUUUUCAUUUUUUUUGAUUAACAUGAGCCGGAAACCGAGGAAAGUGAAAUCUGCCUUAUCAGGUAGAUGACGUCUGUUGCCAAAUGAUUUAUUUACUUUCAUGAAAAUCAUGUAACAUACUUGUAGAAUUUAGGUUCCCUUGUGUUAGAGAAGAAUUUUGAAGAUAAAGUGAUGGAGUUGUGAUCAUUAUAAAAAGGAGCAUCAAAGUGUAAAAAGUUUGUUGUUUUAAAAAGAAGAUACUUCUGCUGUUUUUGCAGACCGUGUGAUGAGAACAGUUCACUUCCAGUGUAAUGUCUUGUUUGAGUUUAUUUCCAGUCAAAAACUGAUCGGACAUUCUCAGUGGAUGUUGCUUUUUUUUUUUUUUUUUUUACAGAAAAGCUCUAUCACAAGUCUCACGAGUUUCAUCGUUGGAUAUUUAGACAUGGGGUGUCCAUGUUUGAAUACUGUCAUCAGUGAUGAUGCAUCCAGACAUUAGAUUGAUUUUUCUAAUGCAGUAACGUCUGGUGUGACAUGAAAACUAAAGAGAACGCUUCACUUUCUUUUUCUGCUUGAUGUCACUCCGGACAGUGAUGCUCUUCUAGCCGAGAAGACGAGGGAGCACACCAGAUUGAUGUACAAACUGCCUUACUCCAUAUUCCUUUUUUAUGUUUGUGCGUUUUUGACAAAAAAAAAAACUAAAAUAAAAGGUAUAAAUGCUGA